AUGGGUGCAUUUGGAUUAGUUUGUUCAGCAAAAGACCAACUUACUGGAGUUAAUGUCGCCAUUAAGAAAAUAAUGAAGCCUUUUAGCACAUCUGUUCUUUCAAAAAGGACUUAUCGUGAAUUAAAGCUACUCAAGCAUCUAAAACAUGAAAAUAUUAUCAGUUUAAGUGAUAUUUUUAUUUCUCCAUUAGAAGAUAUAUAUUUUGUUACUGAAUUAUUAGGAACAGAUUUACAUCGAUUGUUAACUUCACGACCAUUGGAAAAACAAUUUAUUCAGUAUUUCUUAUAUCAAAUAUUGCGUGGGUUAAAAUAUGUUCAUUCAGCUGGUGUAGUUCACAGAGAUUUGAAACCUAGUAAUAUUCUAAUUAACGAGAAUUGUGACUUGAAGAUCUGUGAUUUUGGUCUGGCUCGUAUUCAAGAUCCACAAAUGACUGGUUAUGUUUCAACAAGGUAUUAUCGAGCUCCUGAAAUUAUGUUAACAUGGCAAAAAUAUGAUGUAGCAGAAAUGUUAGAGGGAAAACCUUUAUUUCCUGGGAAAGAUCAAGAUGUGAUCAAAACAAUCUGUAGUGAAAAUACUUUAAGAUUUGUACUCUCAUUACCGAAAAGAGAAAAGAUUCCAUUCUCACAAAAGUUUACAAAUGCUGAUCCUGAUGCACUCGAUUUACUUGAAAAAAUGCUUGUAUUUGAUCCAAAAAAACGUAUUACUGCCGAACAAGCUCUAGCUCAUAAAUACUUGGAACAGUAUCAUGAUGAAUCAGAUGAGCCAAUUGCUGAUGAAGCAUUUGAUUGGUCGUUUAAUGAUGCAGACCUUCCAGUUGAUGAAUGGAAAGUUAGAAUUUCAGGAUUUAUUAAUCAGGAAUUAAUUGAAACGGUGUCUAUGACUUUAACAGAA